AUGAACGAUAAACCCAACAAGCUGCUCCUCAUUCCGGUCCUGGUGCUUCUCUUCGUCAUGAUAGGCUAUCAGUACAUCUGCCCGGCGGGCAGCCAGUCAUGUCACUUCGGGACCGGGGACAGGCUGAGGGGCGCCGCUUCGCUCCCCACCGGCUCCCCAGCGGCUCUGGACGACCUCCGCCGGGAGCCCGAGGUGGAGGAGGAGGAGGAGGACGAGAGCCUGGCCAGGCUCGCCGCCUCCAGGUUCAACUUCACCGAGCGAGACCUGGCGCGCCACGUGGACUUCGACAUCCGAGGAGACGACGUGAUCGUGUUCCUGCACAUCCAGAAGACCGGCGGCACCACCUUCGGCCGCCACCUGGUCAGGAAUAUCCACCUGGAGCGGCCGUGCGACUGCAAACCGGGGCAGAAGAAGUGCAGCUGCCACCGGCCGGGCAGAGACGAGUCGUGGCUCUUCUCCAGGUUCUCCACUGGCUGGAGCUGCGGGCUGCACGCCGACUGGACCGAGCUGACCAACUGCGUGCCCGUCCUCAUGGAGAAGAAGCAGCAGCAGCAGCAGGCUCCCACGCGCAAAAGGAACUUCUACUACAUCACCAUGCUGAGGGACCCUGUGUCGCGCUACCUGAGCGAGUGGAAGCACGUGCAGCGUGGCGCCACCUGGAAGACGUCCCUGCACAUGUGUGACGGCCGUUCGCCCACGCAGGCCGAGCUGCCCGCCUGCUACAGCGGCGACGACUGGUCGGGCGUGACACUGCGUGAGUUCAUGGACUGCCCGUCCAACCUGGCCAGCAACCGGCAGGUGCGCAUGCUCGCCGACCUGAGCUUGGUGGGCUGCUACAACCUGUCGUCCAUGAACGAAAGUGAGCGCAACCCGAUCCUCUUGGCCAGCGCAAUGAGCAACCUGAAGAACAUGGCCUUCUACGGCCUGACCGAGUUCCAGCGCAAGACGCAGUACCUGUUCGAGCGCACCUUCCGCCUGCGCUUCAUCUCGGCCUUCACGCAGCUCAACAGCACGCGUGCCGCCAACGUGGAGCUGCGCGAGGAUGUGCGCCGCCGCAUAGAGCGCCUCAACUUCCUGGACGUGCAGCUAUACGAGUUCGCCAAGGACCUGUUCCUGCAGCGCGUCCAAUUCGAGCGCCAACGCGAGCGCCGGGACGAGAGGCUGAAACGACGCGAGGAGCGCCAACGCCUUCGCGUGCAGAAGGUCCACCAGAACGAACAGCAGCAGGAGAAGGAGGAUGAACUGCAGCCUGCCACCACUGAGGACUAUGCCAGCCAGGUGGCCCGUUGGUGA